AUUAGUCAGUUCUAAUCGUGCUAACGCCGUCUGAUAACGUAUAUGCCAGCGAGCUAAAAAGUGUUUUAAGAUUUCUUAUUAUUAUUUUCAUUAUUUUUGCUACUCAAGACUUUUAAGACUUAUAUACUUCGACUUUUUUUUCAAAUUGAGUGCGCUAUAGAUAGCUACUAUCUGGCUCCGGGAUACAUUUAGAUUUAAAUUUUGUUUUUGUUUUAACUUGUUUUAUUCUUUGUUUCUUCAAAUUAAUUAAUCGUGGGGAUUCAAAAUAAGCAAUAAAUAAAAAAUCGUGCAUUUAAUUUCAAGGUUUCGAUAUAAAAGAUACAUUUUUUUUUCAUUGUCGUGUUGGGUUGGCAAUUUGGCGCAAUUUUAUAUAUUUUGUUUGAAAUACAUUUUUGAGGAGGGACUCAAUAAAUUGGGUCUGUUUGGAUUAAGCUUAAUAGUGCUGAGUGUCUUUUUUGACGACAACUGAAAUAAUAUCCGUAAAUAUGAGUGCAAAAAAUAUUCCAAGGAGACAAGCGAUUCCUAUCUUGUACACGAGAGGAACUCACUAUGAUGUCGGUUUUGAUAUGGGUCGAACUUUUGGUUCGAUUAUUAAAAGCUUCUUACAGCUCUCCCAGCCUUUAAAUGAAGUAUAUCUGCCACUUUAUGCUACCGAAAAAGGAAAAACCGCUUAUAAUGAUACUCUCGAAUGUGUCAAACAAUCAUUCCCCCAAUACAUACGCGAAUUACAAGGAGUUGCUGAUGGUGCUCAAGUCGAAUUCCAUAAGCUCUUUCUACUUCAUAUGGAUGACAUCACACCCCAAUCCAUCAAACAUCUAAACGAUGUUACAGACAUUAAGGAUAUCAAAGAACCAACUGGUUGUUCAACAAUUAUGCUUAACACAGAAGAUUGUAAAGUUCUAGCUCACACAGAAGAUGCUCUCACCGAGACUCUAAAUCACUACUAUUUCGUAGUAGCUCACAUAAAAGAAGAUACCCCACAGGGUAAAUACAAUGUCGAAGAGGAACGUUUCAUGUCCCUUUGCUAUGCCGGACACUUGCCAGGCUAUACAAUGAGCUAUAAUCAUCAUGGAUUAGUCUUUUCCAUAAACACUCUAUCGGCAGAAUAUUUACGUAGUGGAAAAACACCUCGACAUUUUAUUACCAGAUCUUUGUUAUCAGCCGAUAACUUUGAUAUGGCUCAUACUAUUUUGAAAGAUUGUGGUGUUGGUGCUGGAGAUGGAUGUUCGAUCAAUAUGACUUUCCUUAACGUUGAACCACAACCCUUCUAUAACAUCGAAAUGGCUCCAGCUGUAGGAGACAAAAAUGCAUCCGAAUUGGAUGUUAGAGAAAUCCUUCCCGGAGAACAUAGCUACCAUGCUAAUAGUUACCUUCGUUACAAGACAGCUGAAGCCAAUGAAAUUAUGAUUGAUUCCAGCGUUUCACGAAUGAACACUUUCAAUACCUAUGAUCCUCCAAAGACCAAAGAAGAUAUCAUCCAAAUGUUGGGUGAUUGUUCUGGUGGUGAACAUUGUGUAUUCCGUGAAAAUAAUGAUCUUUCUCAAGUGGUCAAGACUAUUGCCGUGGGAGUAUUUGAUUUAAAAGCUAAGACAUACGCCUUGUAUUCGGAUAAUCCGAGAAGUACUGAGCCUCAUGUUACUAUUCCAUUAUUUUUGAAAGAAUGAUGAUAAUGAUGGUCAUAUUUAUUCACAAAAUGUUCUGUUAUUUAUGUAGAGAUGCAACUUUCAAGUGCUAUUGUUACUUAAUGUAUUUUUGAUUUUUUUUUCGUUCAUAGAAAUAAAAAUGAGUUUAUUGCAAAUUGU